AUGUCUGACCUUAUAAGCCUGGCUUCCGGGCUGCUGGCUCUGUCUACGUUUGCCUUCAAGGCCAGUGUCACGCUCUUCGAAACAGUGCAGAGUUUUAAGUCUCACUCCAGCCGCGUCAGCGAACUUUUGGAGGAGCUCGAGGCCCUGAGUGGAGUGUUAGGCCCGCUCGCAGAGAGAGUUGAAACCGGCGACUUCGGCCUCUCGACGCUCAAGCUCCCCUUACUACGAUGCGGCAGGUCCUGCGAAGAGUUCGAACAAGAACUGAUAAAGUGCUCGCAGCGGGCCGGUGGCGGGCGGACGAGCUUCCGAGACUGGGCCAGGCUGAGGUACCUGGGAGAAGACAUAGAUGGCUUCCGGCGACAGCUGGCUGGGUAUAAGUUAACCAUCAACAUUGCGCUUACCGACGCCAGCCUCCGCCAAUCCUCCGCCACUGCCGAACGCCUCGAUGGCUACAGAGACCUUAUCAAGGGUGCUCAAACUAACCUCGAGGAUCGUCUUGAAAGUAUCGACGAAAAGCUUGAGCUCUUUUUUGGGCAAACGGUGGCAGAGUCCGACUCGGAUACUCUAGAGGUACAGCUGAUAAAAGAGGAGCGGCUGAGCACGGAAAAAUGUCUCCAAAUCUGCGCCCAGCUGUCCACCACUAUCGACCAGAUUCAAGUCUCGUCUAACCGUGAUGGUAGACCUUCUGAGCUACUUGAAACAGAUUCCUUAUCUGAAAGUGCCACCAAUAAUUGCUUGGCGGAUUGCAAGAAUAACCUUCUUCUUACCUCUGCAAAGCUGGAGAAGCAUAUGCGUGAUCUAACGAACCGGUUAUUGGCAAAAUCAAAGGCAUCGAUGACGUCUGAGGAGGACAUAGCGGAUCUUGCAAGGCUGCACGAUGAGUGGGAGACCACCCGCCAGUGCAUGGACAUCUGUUCCAGGGCAGGCCAGAACUUGCAAGAAAAUGUUAGCAAAAUCGACAACUAUGCUACCGGAGACGCUGUGCAGUUCAUGGUUUCGACAAACGGAAAAGUCAUCCACGGUAAAAAUCGCGGUCUUGGAUGGAGAUCGAGGCAGGUUGGAGGCUACCUCGACAACGACACGGUUAAACAGUUAUCAAGAGACAUGGCUAGUUACGGCGUCCGAAACACUGAGAAUCAUCAGGACCUCCCUUCGCGAGGCAAUAUACCGCGCGCUCCUAACGAUGGGGCAGAGGAUACACAUGCUUCCGAAUAUGAAAAGCUGUACGGACAUGGUUUUAAACUCACAUCAACGGCGUCUCCCAGUCCUAUGUCUUUUACAGAUAAAGCCCAGAGUGGAAGAAGUGGCCCAAUGCGAUAA